AUUAGUGAAACAAAUGUUGGACAAUUUUAACAAAGAUGGAGUAAAACUCAACUUCUCUUCUUCUUUCUUUCCAGAUUAUUUGUAGUGAUUAAGAAACUAAAAUGCAAAUGAGUUUGGUUGGAUUAACUCUUUGUUAGUGUUUGUCUCCCUCUAGUGAACAAAGUACAACAUAUGAUUUAGGAGGCUCGGUAGAAUAUGUGUAAUCCUUUAUUCUGUCACCAUAGACGUCAGGAGUCAAUGAAAUCAUAGCAGAAGAAUACCUAAAAACUGCUAAAACUCCACAGGACAUUCGCAAUGCAUUUACUGAGAUGCUGGGGGAUCUUUUUAUGAUGGUUCCCUUCAUUGAGGUUGCAUCUUACAGAGAUGCUGCAUUGCCUGUGUAUGAGUUCCAGCACUGGCCAAGUAUAUGUAAAGAUUACAGACCCAGCUUUGUGAAAGCUGACCAUGGUGAUGAACUUGGAUUUGAGUUUGGGGCCUGCUUUUGGGAUGGCCAUAUCAAAGUCGGAACACUCACUGAGGAAGAAAACCGCUAUGCAGAACCAUCAUGAGAUACUGGGCUAACUUUAUUCAUACUGGUUAAGUGGUACAUCCAUUGUUGGACAAAGCAUUAGUUAAUGAUGAUCCUUUAUUCCCUAAAUAAUUAGUUAAUUUAUACAGCUCACCAGAUGGUCCCAAUCUGGCACGUAGUGGCCUGUGUAUGACAAGUCUAAUAAAUACAUGAACCAGGGAUUGCAGCAAACUGAGGGACAGGCUCUGAAGAUGGACAAGCUGCUCUUUUUCACUGAAGAAUUACCUAAAAAGCUUGUAGAACUUCACAAAACCUAAUUAGUUAUUUCAUCAAUAAGCACAAUAAGAACAUAUGAACAAAAUCUAAUGUUUACGUCAGUGUGCAAAUAAUUAUUUGACUGUGAAAUUGU